GGUACUGAGCCGGGCCAUUUGCUCUCCCCAGUCUUUCCCCGGCCCCCUCUCAGGAGUUACUCAGCCCCUAGUUCUGGAGUUCCGCUCCCUUCGCGUAGUCGGAGAUCCGAGCUUGGUGCCCCAAACGCUGCGUCUGGUGCUCCCGUGCUUGCUGGGAAGGGAAUGCGCGCCUGAGUUCCGCGAGUCGCCGGGAGCGAGGCCGCCACCCCCGGAGUCCGAGCCGCGCCCCCACCCCUGCCCAUCCCCGGCCGCACUGUCACUCUCCAUUAGUGCUAACAGGCUCCAGACGGAGCGGGCCCGGCGCUGGGUUAAUGCAAUCGGCGCGUUACCUGGGGCGCAGGCUACAUUACCAGCCCGGCCCCCGCCCGGCGCUGCCAGAACCAGCCAGCCCGCACCCCGCCGGCCGCCCCACGCCUCCAGCGCUCCUUGGGCCGCGCCCGAGCGCCACGCGGCGGAGCCCAGCUCCAGCCUGCGCCCCCAUAGCCUGGCAAGGCGAGGCGGGUCCCCGGCGGGCAGGGCGCAAGGCAUCAGGGAUCCCACUGCUGCCGGACAAAGCCUCGGCGUGCUCCCAGUACCGCUGACGUCCCUCCCGCCAGCCGCACCCAUGCUGCUGGCGCGGAUGAACCCGCAGGUGCAGCCGGAGAACAGCGGGACGGACCCGGAGUCCGAGCAGCCCCUGCGGGCGCGCAAAACUGCGGAGCUGUUGGUGGUGAAAGAGCGCAACGGCGUCCAGUGCCUCCUGGCGUCCCGCGACAGCGAAGAGCAGCCCCGGGAGACCUGGGGCAAGAAGAUAGACUUCUUGCUGUCGGUGGUGGGUUUUGCGGUGGACCUGGCCAACGUGUGGCGCUUCCCUUACCUCUGCUACAAGAACGGCGGCGGUGCCUUCCUGAUCCCGUACACACUGUUCCUCAUCAUUGCUGGGAUGCCUCUGUUUUACAUGGAGCUGGCUCUGGGCCAGUACAACCGGGAAGGGGCGGCCACGGUGUGGAAGAUCUGCCCACUCUUCAAAGGCGUUGGCUACGCUGUCAUCCUCAUCGCCCUGUACGUCGGCUUCUACUACAAUGUCAUCAUCGCCUGGUCGCUGUACUACCUCUUCUCCUCUUUCACCUUCAACCUGCCCUGGACCGACUGUGGCCACGCCUGGAACAGCCCCAACUGCACUGACCCCAAGCUCCUUAAUGCCUCCGUGCUGGGAAACCACACCAAGUACUCCAAGUACAAGUUCACGCCGGCAGCGGAGUUUUAUGAGCGCGGCGUCCUGCAUCUUCACGAGAGCAGUGGCAUCCAUGACAUCGGCCUGCCCCAGUGGCAGCUCCUGCUCUGUCUGAUGCUCGUCGUCGUCAUCCUGUUUUUUAGCCUCUGGAAAGGCGUGAAGACAUCAGGAAAGGUCGUGUGGAUCACGGCCACGCUGCCUUACUUAGUGCUGUUCGUGCUCCUGGUCCACGGCAUCACGCUGCCCGGCGCCUCCAACGGCAUCAACGCCUACCUGCACAUUGACUUCCACCGCCUGAAAGAGGCCACGGUAUGGAUUGAUGCUGCAACUCAGAUAUUUUUCUCCUUGGGGGCCGGAUUUGGAGUCUUGAUUGCAUUUGCCAGUUACAACAAAUUUGACAACAACUGCUACAGGGACGCCCUGCUGACCAGCACCAUCAACUGUGUCACCAGCUUCGUGUCUGGGUUUGCCAUCUUCUCCAUCCUUGGUUACAUGGCCCACGAACACAAGGUCAACAUCGAGGAUGUGGCCACUGAAGGGGCCGGUCUAGUCUUCAUCCUGUACCCAGAAGCCAUUUCCACCCUGUCGGGAUCCACGUUCUGGGCCGUCGUGUUCUUCAUCAUGCUCCUGGCUCUGGGAAUUGACAGCUCCAUGGGAGGCAUGGAGGCGAUCAUCACCGGCCUGGCCGACGACUUCCAGGUCCUGAAGCGCCACCGGAAACUCUUCACCUUUGGUGUCAGCUUUGGGACCUUCCUUCUGGCCCUGUUUUGCAUCACCAAGGGUGGAAUAUACGUGCUGACUCUGCUGGACACGUUCGCAGCAGGGACCUCCAUUCUGUUUGCUGUGCUCAUGGAAGCCAUCGGGGUCUCCUGGUUUUACGGUGUGGACAGGUUCAGCAAUGACAUCCAGCAGAUGAUGGGGUUCAAGCCAGGCCUGUACUGGAGACUGUGCUGGAAGUUUGUCAGCCCAGCCUUCCUCCUGUUUGUGGUGGUGGUGAGCAUCAUCAACUUCAAGCCGCUCACCUACGAUGACUACAUCUUCCCACUCUGGGCCAACUGGGUCGGGUGGGGCAUCGCGCUGUCCUCCAUGAUCCUGGUACCGGCCUACAUCAUCUACAAGUUCCUCAGCACGCGGGGCUCCCUCCGCGAGAGACUGGCCUAUAGCAUCACACCAGAGAACGAGCAUCACCUGGUGGCCCAGAGGGAUGUCAGGCAGUUCCAGUUGCAACACUGGCUGGCCAUCUGAACCUGGCCCCGAGGGGGAGCCCCGCCGCGCCACCGGCCAGGCCACAGCGUCUGCUUCGCCACCAUCCGGACGCUGUCUUGGGAUUCCUCUCCUGGCGGAUGCUCUUCUCGACCCUCUUCCUCUCGUCCCAGUUACAAAUGAUUUCAGGAUCUGGUUUUCCCAGGAAAAAUUACUUCUGUCGAACCUCUUUUGUUUUGGGGAUGUUUCACCCACUUUGAGAGCUGGCCCAAGCUGAGUCCAAGGCUCGGGCAGAAUUCCCCACCACGUCUGUUUGUCCUUUGGGCCAAAGAAGAAAUCCUCGGUCCACCCAGUCGGAGGGAAGGUGUUGCUCUUGGUCAGACACCAUGAAACCGAACUCUAACAAAAAGCCCGGCCGAGGUUUUUGGGGGUACACGGAUCUUCCCCCUCCUGCCCCCUCCCCUUAGUCAGCCCUCUGGUGUCUGAACCAUGGCCGGGGAGCUUGGGUUCACCUGUCCCUGUUGUGAAGUCUGCGGAGCAAUGCUUUGGGGGGUCGCGAGCAGAAACCAUCUUAGUUCUGUUUCACUUUUGCCAACCUGAGUCUGAUUUGUGUGUCCUGGAACAUUCUUCCAGCUUCCGGUGGUCAGAUGGUGCAGAGCCAUGGGUGUCACAGGGGAGAAUGUAGGGGAGCCCCGGUGAGCAGCUUUUACACAAAUGCCAGACAAGCUCAAAGCUCUUAGAGGCCCCAUGUGGGCCUCGCUCUGACAGGCUCAUGGAGCCCAGAAACCCAUCUUUGGCUCCGAAGACCUUCCUGGGAACCCAGUGAGGUCAGAUGUGUUUCUGCUGUCCUCGUGGGACCAGCUGGGUGCCCAAGGGCAGCCUGACAAGCUGUUUAUUAAUGUACUAUUCACGGACAGACACCUGCAAAGUCUUUCCCUAGAAAUCCCAGCCAGCAAGGACCAGGGGUCCUGAGCGAUGAAGAGUUGGCCCUGAAAGCUCCCUUUGUCUUCCAUCAUGGACUAGGCUUGACACCUUCCAGGGCAGUGUGGAACUAAGCACAUAGAACCUAGUCACUGAGGUUGAGGGGACAAUAGUCUGAGCUGAUAGAACAGGUCGGUGGUGGUUUCUAAUAGCUUGACUUCUGAUACAGACUCCCAAGUGGUGCCCUCUGGUGGUAGUGAUGGUUAAUUUCAGCCCACUCGGAGAGUUGGUGGCAUCUAUUUAGGGUUUCCGUUUAUGGUUUGAGUCUCAUGAUCUCGUUGUAAAUCUAGACUUGUGGGUUUUUAUUGUGAAUGUGGGAGCCCCUGUUGCAGAAUCCUGGGGGGGAAAAGAGGCCACCUCACUUACAGUGGGAGUGUACGGAGACAUACAAUCAGAAGGUGCUUUGCAUAAAACUUGGGUGUCACUGAGCCCCACUGAUCCGUCGAUCGGAUCGUGCUGUCCGUGGGAGAAGGUUAUGUGAGGGCCAGCUCGGGGCAGGAAGAUGACUUUCUGCUGAAUCGGGGCCCUUGGGUCAUUCUUUGAAGUAAAGAGGGAAAUCAGGAGACUUUUUUGAGCUUUCCAUAUAAAAAGGCCACCUCAAAGACUGAGGCAGCCCAAGUGUCAGAUGGGGCCUGGGAGCGUCCACAGGAGUAGAACAAUAAAGUGGGGGUCGGGAGAUGAGAACAGGGCGGCCUGUCACUGAUAAAACCUGGCCCUGUAAGUGACUUUGAAUCUCCCAGAAAGGAUAGUUCCUCUCUAGCUGUUACAAUUUUGUUUUUAACAAAGCACGUUGUUGCCUCCCAUCUCCCCAGCGAAGACUGCAGGGCUGGCUUCUGUCUCCCCAUGUCCCAGGUGAGGAAACCAAGGCCCAACACUUCAGUGUCUCAGCUGCUAAGGGAUCUAGUCAGACCUUCAAGUCAGAUGUCCUGACUCUCAGCCCACAGCACUUUGAAAUUCCCUGCCCAGAAUUGUUCACCCCACCCAGGGCUGUCCUUAAAAAUAAACAAAAAUGCAGCGAAGAGGCCAAGGAGUAUUUCUUAACAAAGAACAAUGUGUUGGAAGAAGGGGAGAGGGGAGAGGAUGUAAUUUAUUCUCCUCUAGCUGGUUGCCAGAGUGGAAAUGAUUUUAGCUGCUCUCUUUGGAUGAAAGUAAUCACCCUGGAACAGUGGGACAUGAAAAGCCGAGUCUGCUUGGCUGAGACGAGAGCAGAGGGUCAGGGAAACACGUGCGUUAGGACAGGGACACACUUCUGAGAGAGCCUGCGGCUUUCUCUCUGCCAGGCGGCCCUUGUUGCCUCGUCAUUUGUGCCAAAGGCAAAUCAGAGACGUGGUGCUAGCUGAACCAACACCAAACCAACGCAACGGUGCUGCCUUGUGGCGGAAGUUGGCUCCUGAGCCUGGGGUGGAGGGAAACUGGCCCCAAGCGCAGGGUCCCUGGGGAGGAGGGGGGACCCCAGAAGCCCUUGGAAGUUCUCGUGGAGGUGCUGGGACACCUCUGGGUUCAUCUUCCAACCACGCUUAAUGUAGAGGGAGUCACGCUUUAUCAUAAGUAAUGUUUGAUUUCCUUUUUCCAGCUUUUUUUUUAGUAGCAGAGGUUACCCGGGAUAAGGGGGCUCCUGUGUACUGUUCAAUGCACUUUUGAUAUUUUACCAGAAUUUUAGAGAAUUAUUUUCCAUGAAAUGUAAAAUAUCUGUUUAAGACCAUCACGUUAAUACCUACUCAGUGUCUAGUUAGUGAGCGUCCACCUGUUAGUCGGUCUUCAUUCUAGAGGCAAUGUGAGAAGAGAAGGAGCAGCCCUUUGCCAAUAUCCUGCUGAAUAAAAGUCCCCAAAGCUGCCUUAAUUCUCAGAGGGGCUUCCUGCCCAGGUGGGCGCCAGUCUGUUGCUGUAUGAUCCAUUUUGUGAGACCGAAGCAUUCUUACCAAAGAAAUCAUUUCUUAGUAAAGAAGCCCACCACGCUCAUUUCGUUUGUUUCGUUUAUUUCUUCUGAAAGCCAUGGAAUGGAGAACAGGGAGGGAGUGUGGUGCAGUGGAAACAGCACAGCAUUUAGAGCUGCACAGACCUGGGUCUGCAGCUGACUAGCUGGGUUCCUGGUGAGAGUGGCUUCAUCUCUUUGAACUUCAUAGCUCUUUGUUUGUAAAAGCAGGGGUUGGAUCAGAUCAUCAAAGGUCCAUCUAGUUGGGAAAAAAAAUUAAUGUCUCCACGACAAUGUUCUCAUGCUACAUUUACAACGAAGGAAGCACAUCAUUUACGACAGAACUUUCCAGAAUGAUCUGGUGACUAAUAAUCUAUGGAGCAGGGAAAUCACAGAUUUCUGGCCUCCAGAACUUUGAAAUUUUUGGACAUUCAGUACUUCCACUUUCUCCAAUAUUUCUUCAACUGAUGCCAGAAACACUUAAUAUUUAAAAAAUAAAGUCCAACUCUUUUGUUUUGAGGGUUUUGAAGGAAACACAUUGUCAUGCCCUUGUAAGUCCCAGGUCUGCAGAUAGGCAGCAAAACUGCUGCUGCAAUCAAGUCACCAAAAUACUGGUGCAUGUGAACUUGAUCUUGGGGUACCCACCCUCAUUCCUCUGUUUCUCCACUUCUGUGUAAAUAAGGACUGUUUCAAUGGUGCCCUCUGUGUCAUGGACUGUUCCAAUGUCAUGCAGAUUUCUAUGUCUGGUGUGGAUUUAUAUUACAGGCUGUUCUCUUCAUGGAAAAAUAACUGUACAGAAUAAUAAAGGAUAUUUCCUGUG